AUGAAGAUUAGGUUUACGGAAUUGAGUACCAUUUUGGAACAUGGGAGACCUCCAAAGACAGACAAAGUUGCUAUUCUGAAUGACGCAAUUCGCAUGUUGAAUCAAGAUGAGAAGAACGAGUUGCAUGAUGAGAAACAAAAUCUUAAGAUUGAGAAGGAGAGAAUCGAGCAGCAAACUGAAGGCGAUUAA